CAUGGGCAAGAUCACCUUCUACGAGGACCGCGGCUUCCAGGGCCGCUGCUACGAGUGCAGCAGCGACUGCUCCAACCUGCAGCCCUACUUCAGCCGCUGCAACUCGGUGCGCGUGGACAGCGGCUGCUGGAUGCUCUAUGAGCAGCCCAACUACCAGGGCUGCCAGUACUUCCUGCGGCGGGGCGACUACCCCGACUACCAGCAGUGGAUGGGCCUCAGCGACUCCAUCCGCUCCUGCCGCCUCAUUCCAGACGCUGGAUCUCACAGAAUCAGGAUCUAUGAGAGGGAAGAUUACAGAGGCCAGAUGAUGGAGUUCACUGAGGACUGCCCUUCUCUCCAGGAACGCUUCCACUUCAAUGACAUCCACUCCCUCAAUGUAUUGGAGGGCUGCUGGGUCCUCUACGAGAUGCCCAACUACCGGGGCCGCCAGUACCUGCUGAGGCCGGGGGAGUACAGGCGCUACCACGAUUGGGGAGCCAUGAAUGCCAGGGUGGGCUCUUUGAGGAGAGUCAUGGAUUUCUAUUAAAAUAUGUUGUCCUGCAUCGUUUCUCCAUCUGGAAGCUAAUAAAAUACUUUCUGUGUGUUCCUGGCACU